AUGUCAGCAACUACUGGACUUGUAUAUGAUUACGUGUGUAAGUUGUCGGAGCUACCGUCUGGGUCGAAGAAAUGCUUUGCGUUGCCGGCAUCGCAACGCAGCGUUAUGUUGCUGAAUAUUCAAGGAGAGGUUUUCUGUAUGGACCAAGCCUGUUAUCAUCACGGUGGACCUCUUGUGAAUGGAGACAUUGAGGAACUAGGUGGUAAGACUACCAUUAAAUGUCCAUGGCACGCCUACCAUAUCGCGAUCGAGACUGGAGAAGGUUUAUACAAAGGCGUGGACAUGACCAGAACGCCGUCUGGUAAGUUGCAGCCAUCGUCUCCACGACUCAAGUCAAAGGGCGUUAAGCAACGCGUACACUUUGUUGAGUUGCGCAAUAAAGGUCAAGAUAUCUACGUUGCAGACUCUUCAAAAAUAUUAGGUGCAUCAACGCUUGCGUCCGAUUCGUACGCGUUUCAGACAACCAACAUCCCUGAAGCUGCGUCAAAGGGCAACGUGCGAAUUCAUUCGUCUUUUGAAUGA